AUGUAUCAAUAUUUAAUAGUAUGCGAAAUGCGAAUCGCUAAUAUGUGAUUAUAAAUGUGUAACUCGAUUACUGCUGUAUUUAUUUUAUACUAAAUUCCGUAUUUAUGUAAAGCAUUGUCUUAACUCAUUAUCAUUAGAAAAUGGUUCUUAAUACCGUGUUUGGGAUUUAAAAAUACGAAAUGUUUUACAUUCUUUAAUUGCUUUACAAAACAUUUAAACAUUAUACAUUAUCAUGUAAUGAAAUCAACACCGUACAUAUAGUUUCUGGCAUUUCUGCACUCUUCUAGAAUAAUUUUCCGAGAUCCAAUAGCUUACUCAAACGCAUACAAUAAUUCACAAGUACGUACAUUCGUGAAUCCAGUCGUUGAAUAAAUAAAAUGGAAAUUAUUGGCGAUUAUGAAUAUAACAGUGCCAAUCGCUUGGGACUUGGAGCUUUUGCUAUUGUCUUCAAGGGACGCUCUAGAAAAAAACCAGACAUGGAUGUAGCUGUAAAAACAAUAAUGAAAAAGAAUAUACCAAAAACACAAAGUCUACUAAAAAAAGAAAUAGAUAUUCUGAGGAAACUAACAGUUCUUCAACACGAUAAUGUUGUACAUCUUUUGGAAUGUCUGGAUACUGAUGAUGCAUUUCAUUUGGUUAUGGAGUAUUGUAAUGGCGGUGAUUUACAAGAUUAUUUAAAUGUUAAAGGAUGUUUAAGUGAAGACACGAUACAAAUAUUUUUAAGACAACUUGCUGGAGCAAUGUAUGAAUUUAAUAAACAAGGAAUACUUCACAGAGACUUAAAACCUCAAAACAUCCUAUUGAAGUUUUCAGGAGAAACUCGUUAUCCAGAACCUAACCAAAUUACUUUAAAAAUUGCCGAUUUUGGAUUUGCUCGAUGCUUGGAUGAAGGAGUAAUGGCAGCUACUAUGUGUGGUUCUCCAAUGUAUAUGGCUCCCGAAGUAAUUAUGUCAUUACAAUAUGAUGCUAAGGCAGAUUUGUGGAGUUUAGGUACAAUUAUAUUUCAAUGUUUGGCUGGUAAAGCUCCAUUCUUCGCCAAUUCACCUGCAGGAUUAAAACAAAUUUAUGAAAAAACUAGCAAUUUAAUGCCAAAAAUACCUCCAGGCACAUCAUCAGAUUUAUCAAACUUAUUGUAUGGUCUUUUAAAGAGAAAUCCAAAGGAUAGAAUAUCGUUUGAAACCUUUUUUGAUCAUGCCUUUUUAAAAAUGAAACCUCCACCAGUUACGAUGCCAUCUCCACUUGCUAACAGCCCAAAAAUGCCAUCAGUUUUUGAUCAAGGUUAUCAAUAUUCAGUCAGUCCUGAUCUUUCUGAUGAAUAUGUAAUAGUGCCUUCAAACAUACCAGCAUAUCACGAGAAAGAAAUUAGUGCUAGCCCUCCAAGACCAAGUACACUUUCCAUACAAGCUCAACAGGAUUAUAAUAAUCCACGAUCUCCAUUGAAAUCUGUACCUAGAUCUCAGCCAAUUACAAUGAAUCCAAGAACUUCGAAGAAUAUAAGUGGACCUGAUUUCUGUUCUAUAUCUCCGCCAUCAGUUCAGUUUAUGCUCGGAACUCCUCCAUCGGGAAGAAGAAUUUCAGAAACUCCACCAUAUAAUACAUGGAACUUUACACCAACAAGUUCUCCAUUAAAGAAAUCAGUUCUAAGUUCACCAAUUUUGAACACACAACCGUUCACAUUUAACACAAAUCAAAAAAUAGGAACAGUUGGCCUGCCUUUCAGUAAUAAUAACCGCACUAUGACUUUACCUGAACUUGGAAACAUAACUUUUCCAGAACUACCGCAAGAAACAAUAUUAGAAAAAGAACACAUAGAAACAUUAGCCAAACUUAAUUUCGUAUUAGCAUUGGUUGAAUGUAUUGUUGAAUGUGCUUCUCCUAAAAGACCACGUUAUGAACGAUUAGUGCUUUUAAUUAGAGCAUUACAAUUACUUAGCUCUAGUUUAAGUAUUGCUACAUCUGAACUUAAAGCUGGUCGUUUACAACCUUCAACAAAUGUUAAAAAUGUGGUACAACAGCUUAAUGAAACUUUUCAUAAAGUUCUGGAUGACUGUAAGCAAAUCAAUGUACCAAAUAUGUUACAUAAUACAUCAUCAUCCACUACUACAGCUGAAAAGUUAUUAUAUGAUUAUGCUGUAGAAAUUUGUGCUAAAGCAGCAUUAAAAGAACUGGGCAAUACACCAUAUGAUUAUUUUAAAUCUUAUCAGACAGCACAAAUCCUCUUACAUAGUUUGUCUCAACAAGUAAAUUCUCCGAGCGACAAAGAAAUAUUAAUAAGAUAUCGAGAUGCAGUUGAAAAAAGAUUGUCUAUUUUACAAGACCAAGGUUAUGUUUACUCAAACACAGUUAAUGGCAACAAUUCAACUUAUUAAUACUGAUAAAUGAUAAUAAUGUGCUUACUAAUUCUUUUCUUUACAAUAUUCUAGUCUUUAGUAUUUAUAUGUAAAAAUAUGUUAUUUGACAUGGUCCUUAUUAAUUUCUCUAUUAAACUAAAUCAUUGAAACAUAAUAAUAUUUACACUAACAACUCUAUCCCUAUGUAAUAAUUAUUAUUUAUUAUGUAAAAUGAUUAUAAUUUUGAUAUAUAAUUUUUAUUAUUGUUUGUAAAUUACGAUUACAUUAUAGAUAAAUAAUCGGUAAUCGAUAAGUUAAAUACCAAUUUAAAAUAACUGUUUAAUAUUUAGUAAACAGUGAUUUAUAUAUAAUUCAAUAAUAUUUAUUUACCAUCUUUAUUGUUUUUUUAUUAUUCUAAGAGAAUAAUUUUUAUUGUAAUAUUUUACAAUUCCGUCGUAUUUGUGAAAUUUUACAAAAUUAUUUUAUAGAGUAUUUAUAUGAUACAUGUAUGAAUAUUUAAAAACUAAAAAUAAAUUUUACAAUAUUUAAUACUUAUAUUUAAAUAUUAAUAAUUAAUAAAAUUUAAUGUAUUUUGAAAGUUUAAUUUUAACAAAUUGAAUUAACAGAAUGCCCAUACCUAAUAAUUUUCUAUCACUUAACUAUAAACUACAUUGCUCACUAGCUCACAUCAUAUUAUUAUAUGAUAUCUAAUUAAAUUCCUUGUAUUGCUUAAAUAAUAAUCAUAAAGUUACAAGUACAAAAAUAACUAUUCAAAGUAGAACUUAAUUAAAAUUAAUAAAAUGUCACUAUUAUUGGAGAAAAAUUUUUUUUGUUACUAAUGAAGUAAUUAAUAUCAUGAAUGCUUGUAUAUAUUUAUAUAAUAUAAAUACUGUAUAUUAUAUACUAUAUUAUGUUAUAUUAUAUUUGUUCUUGGUUAUAGGUACUAUUGAAAAUUGUUAAUUUCUUAAUCAUGAUGGAAAUUGGUGGAUAAUAAUAUUUAUUGUCAUUGUUAUAUUACAAACUAGCUGAAUAACCCGGCUUCGCCCGUGUACAGUUUUUUGUGUUACCUACUUUAACUUUUAUUUUAUCAUUUUUUUAUACUUAUUACAGACUGCUUUUAGAUAAUAUGUUGAUCCUAGAUUGCCCAUGUAUUGUAACAAUCAUAAGUCGGCAAAAAAUAUACAUUAUGGUGUUGUAUAAAUCAAAAAAAAAUAUU